GCCGGCUUGACAUUGAACUCUUGAACCUGGCAUCGAGCCAGUUUGAAUUUGAACCUGUUUGCACACCCCUAGCUGCCACAGGAUGGGUAUGACACUCAUGAGCAUCCUUGCAGCAGCAUUCUCAACCAGCUGAAGCUUCCGAAUCAUCUUCAAGGACAGCCCCACAUAGAGCGUGGGGAACUAUACCAUGCUACCUCUCCACUUGUAAUCCUGGCUUAGAAUAAGCCAGGACCUGUCAUGACAUCUGAACCAGGUAAUCGUGGCUUAUUCUAGCCAAAGUUUCCAAAUAAACCAGAAUAUUAAGCUGGGAUUAUAUUAUUUGGCAUAUCUAUUUAUUUAUUUACUUGGAACAGUUUAUACUACAAACAAGAAGAUACAAUAAAAUCAACAAUUGAUGCAAAAUAUGUAUGAGUUUAUGACCAAACUAGUAAGAAUAAGCCGAGAUCACCAGGUUCAGGUGUCACAACAGAUCCUGGCUUGUCUAAGCCAGAAUCAGAAGCAGAAUCUGUUCUCAUAUGAAGGGGCAAGGGAAGCACACAUGCCCUGGGCUAGUGUACAUCAUAUAAAAUCAAGAUUCAGUUCUGGCUCCAUGCAACAUCUGAACCAGGCCACUGUCACAUCCAUUUAACUCCAAGCAAGAAAAAAAAAUUAGCUUUGCAUUCGCUCAGGUGAAAUAAAUUAAUGUGGAGUGCUUAUGAAUACAAUAAUUAAGGCUCCAUUUCAAAAUGCAUUCUGCUUUGUUUUAUGUUCCUAUGUUGCCUGGAGAUGCCUUUAAAAAUGCAUUCUGCCUUGUAUUAUGUUCCUAUGUUGCCUGGAGAUGCCUUUAUGUCAUGUACCAUGAUGUCAUAAUAUGUGAUGUAGCAGGCCUCCAGCUCUUCAGGAGAUGUGAGCUAUUUCAGUGGGUUGUGACACUAACAAAUGUGUCACUAAUGAAAGUGUCAAUAAUUACAACAAGGCAGUAUGAGUGAAACAGCAUUCCGUUUGGCGGUCUCCCUUGCCUGUUCUGGUCUUGCUUCAGAGGGAUCAAGUGUAGAUGCUCAAAGGUGAUGCAGAAGGUUUGACAUCACAGGAAGAGAAAUUGACCUAUAAAACAGAGCCGUGCAUCCUGACCCGAGGAUGAUGGGAUCUGGUCGGAGGGUUUCCAGUCAGGUGUGUUGAGGCUGCUCGCCAUGUCAAGGUCCGGGGACAGGACGUCUACCUUCGACCCCAGCCAUAGCGACAACCUGCUUCACGGCCUCAACCUGCUGUGGAGGAAGCAGCUCUUCUGCGACGUGACCCUCACGGCCCAAGGCCAGCAGUUCCAUUGCCACAAGGCCGUGCUGGCCUCGUGCUCGCAGUACUUCCGAUCGCUCUUCUCCAGCACCGCCGGCGGAGGAGGAGGCGGCGGCGGCGGGGGGAGCGGGCACCACCAUCAUAGCCUGGGCGUCGGACCUGGCGCUCAGGACGGCCUGCCCCCCAAAGAGCAGCAGCAACAGCAGGAGGAGCCCGGCACGCCCUCCUCCUCGCCGGAGGACAAGCUCUUGGCUAGCCCCAGGGCCAUCAACAACCUGGUGCUGCAGGGCUGCUCGUCCAUCGGGCUGCGUCUGGUGCUGGAGUACCUGUACACGGCCAACGUGACCCUGUCCCUGGACACGGUGGAGGAGGUGCUGUCGGUCAGUAAGAUCCUGCACAUCCCGCAGGUCACCAAGCUGUGCGUGCAGUUCCUCAACGACCAGAUCUCGGUGCAGAAUUACAAGCAAGUGUGCAAGAUCGCCGCCUUGCACGGCCUUGAGGAGACCAAGAAACUGGCCAACAAGUACCUGGUGGAGGACGUGCUGCUGCUCAAUUUCGAGGAGAUGCGUGCCCUGCUAGAUUCGCUGCCUCCCCCAGUGGAGUCGGAGCUGGCGCUCUUCCAGAUGUCCGUGCUCUGGCUGGAGCAUGACCGCGAGACCCGCAUGCAGUACGCCCCAGACCUUAUGAAGCGCCUCCGCUUUGCCCUCAUACCGGCCCCGGAGCUCGUCGAGCGGGUCCAGUCCGUGGAUUUCAUGCGCACCGACCCCGUCUGUCAGAAGCUGCUGCUGGACGCCAUGAACUACCACCUGAUGCCUUUCAGGCAGCACUGCAGGCAGAGCCUGGCCAGCAGAAUUCGCUCCAACAAGAGAAUGCUUUUGUUGGUUGGAGGUCUGCCUCCUGGACCUGACCGACUACCCAGCAAUUUGGUUCAGUAUUAUGAUGAUGAAAAGAAGACAUGGAAAAUACUGACAAUUAUGCCGUAUAAUAGUGCCCAUCAUUGUGUUGUGGAAGUAGAAAAUUUCUUGUUCGUACUGGGAGGAGAAGACCAAUGGAAUCCUAAUGGGAAGCACAGUACAAACUUUGUCAGCCGGUAUGACCCUCGGUUUAACAGCUGGAUACAACUUCCACCCAUGCAAGAGAGGAGAGCCAGUUUUUAUGCCUGUCGGCUUGAAAAAAACUUGUAUGUGAUUGGUGGAAGAAAUGAAACUGGCUACUUGUCAAGUGUGGAAUGCUAUAAUUUAGAGACAAAUGAAUGGCGUUAUGUAUCUUCCCUACCACAGCCCUUGGCAGCACAUGCAGGAGCGGUACAUAAUGGCAAAAUCUAUAUUUCAGGCGGUGUCCACAAUGGUGAAUAUGUCCCCUGGCUGUACUGCUAUGACCCUGUAAUGGAUGUCUGGGCUAGAAAACAGGAUAUGAACACAAAGAGAGCCAUCCAUACAUUGGCUGUGAUGAAUGAUCGACUGUAUGCAAUUGGAGGAAAUCAUUUGAAAGGUUUUUCCCAUCUUGAUGUCAUGCUUGUGGAAUGCUACGACCCAAAAGGCGACCAGUGGAAUAUUCUGCAGACUCCUAUUUUAGAGGGUCGCAGUGGUCCUGGAUGUGCAGUUCUCGACGAUAGCAUUUAUCUUGUGGGAGGCUACAGCUGGAGUAUGGGAGCCUACAAAUCUUCUACUAUUUGUUACAGUCCUGAGAAAGGAACCUGGACAGAGCUGGAAGGAGACGUUGCUGAGCCACUUGCAGGCCCUGCUUGCUCCACUGUCAUCCUACCAGCGUGUGUACCGUACAACAAAUAACAUUCUGGAAGUACUGAAAUGAACACUCUUAUGCUCUGGAAUGGAAUGAUGGGCACCAUAAAUAUUUUAAAUAACUGAUUUCCUGGUAUUGCAUACAAGACUCUAUCCAUACAUCUGCCUUUAUGAUUUUAAAAGAGGUCUAAGUGUUGCUUCCACCUCAGAUAUAGACUGGUAUCUUGUCAGACAGGUAGUUUAAAUGCAUGGAACAUUGCACAUGUUGACAGGUGGCCAUUUCAGAUUGAUCUUGAUUUUUUUCCUUCUAUAGAACUUCAUAUUGAUUCUAAAUUAAAAAGGGGGAAAUAAAACUAAACAUCCAAAUACCACCUGGACGAUGAAUGUGCAUUGUAUUUUACCUUUUAUCCAGGGGCGGACCCACCAUUAUGUGAACAAGUUCAAAGAACUCAGGCCGCCAAUGGAAAGGGCUACUGAAGCCCGAACGGGGGCAUGGCUCGGGCUCUGGAAGAGCCCUGAACGAGCUCUCUCCUGUCCUUUACAGGCAGCAUUUGCUGCAUGACAGCCUUUUACUUCCCCUUCUCUCCCUCCAGUGAGGAGAGAGAGGGAAAUAGAUGUUGUCAGGCAGCAAGUGCUGCCUGAAAUGACAGGGGAGAGCUUGCUCAGGCUCUCCGGAGCCCGGGUAUGGGCGAGGGGAGUUCUCUCAUUGCUCUUCUGGAGCCUGAGCCAUGCCCCACAUGUGACAUCACAUGCACGGGGCAUUGCUAGAGGAGCCACUGGGCGGGGCUGAACCCAGGCCACUGUUCAGCUGUCUCUACACCUGAGUUUAUCCUAUAAAUAUCCACUGCUACCUAACAAAUAUUUUGGUUAAUUUGAUUGAUUGGUUAGAUGUCUUUCCCCCUUUUAACCUCCCAAGAUGACAGAAUUCAAGAUAACUAAUCCUUUAUAAGAGUUGGAUUGUGCGGCAUUCACAGACAGUGUGCGCGGACAUGCAUUCAGAGUGGGGCCUUCCUGAUUCAACCUGAGUGGGAUCUAAAAUUAACUGAGCGGGCAUCAAAAAGCGUGUGUGCACACACACACCUUAGAGGGAACACUGAUUGGCAAGUAGCUAUAAUUCCUUAUUUACUUUGAAAUAUGAGCAUACUGUAAAGGCUUUGUGCCUUGGAUGAAAUGAAAUAUGGGUCUAAAUACACACACAGUUGUGUGUAACUGAACCUCUAUACUGGCUUUAAAAAAAAUUAAGCGGCUAUUGGAAUAGGCAGAGUUGAGCAAAGAAGUGGUGGGACUUGUCUGUGAGGGUAAAUGUGUUUAGAACGUUGCUGUAGGAAAACUAGCUUGAAGCAGAGAAGCAAUAUGUGCAAGAAUGGUUAGCAUGUCCUCACCUCUCACCCCCUGCCAAGAUGACCUUUCCCAAAGCUGCUUUUUCUUGAAAACGCUCUUUUUUUCCCCUUUUCUUUUUGCAAGGGCUUAACAACAUGUAGCUGCAUCCAACAUUUAGUCAGGCACUACAUCUUUUCUUAUACUUUAUGAUGCAUUUUGUUAUUAGUGGCUGAUAGGUAGAUUAAGGCAGCACCAGCACUUCACAUGAAGUGCUGAUGUUGCUUCAGGGAGCACUGGCAUUGCAUUCCACACUAACACAGCACACAUGCCUGGUGGGGGGAGGAGGUGCUCCUGCUCCUGGAGGUGCUCUCCAUAGAUUGGUCCCUGAGGGCUGUGUAACCCUCAAAGACCUACUUCGAGGAUGCAGGGAUUUUGUGUGUGCUACAUUAGUGCAGAACGUAGCACCAGUGCUUCGUUGGCCAUUAUUUACAUAAUUGAUAACUUGCCUUUUGACUACAAAGAAUGCUCAAGGUGGCUUAUAUUAAUUAAAACAAUAAAUACAAAACAAGAAUCCAAUCAAAUGCAAUCGAUAAAACCAAAUCAAAACAGGAUAAAGGAACGGCAGAGCCACAAUAAAAUAACUGGAGUGAGCAAAUGAAAAUGUUAAUGUAUUUAAAAGAUUUUCACACAAUCUUUAUUCUAAUGUAAGCAUAUAGUAGCAUGUGGGGUACCAGUCAGAGAAUCCAAACUUUUGCUAUGCCUUCCCCCCUUUUGACAGCCAUGCAGCAGCAAUCAGAUUCAAUCCCUGCCAUCUUUUCAGUAAUUAUUCAGAUUUAUAUACAGUUAAUAUUAAUUUCUGCCUAUAUCUUCUACCCAUUUAACCUAUCCUCAGACAGACUAAAUCUUCCUUAAUCUAUUAAAUUUCAGGGUGCAGAUAGACAUAAAUUAAAGACCAAGUUCAUAUCAGGUCUCUUAGCCAUGUGGUGAGCUUGGCUUCCUCCUGGCUUCACAACUGAAGUGAUAGGUGUACUGUACAAACCAGAGAAUCAACUGCUGAAUCAGCAGUCACUUCUGCCUCUCCCAUCAUGUUUCAGGUGGACUGUCUGCCUUCUUUCAUUCCAAAAAGAGCAGCAUGGACAUUUAUCCAAUUAAUUCAUUGCCUUGUUAAUUUAAAAAUAAUAAUAAUACCUGCUCUGCAGAUGGGGCAGAAGGAGAAGUUUCUAGGUAACAUGGUUUCAAAUUUUGAGAAACUCCCUCCCCUAAUGCAACCCUGCAGUGGAGAGGUACGUUUGGAUUGAAUAUACUGAGCGUGCUUCCAAGACUCCCCCAUUGCUCUAAAAAUGUCAGCCUUCAUCCUACACUGACUGACAUCCUGAAUAAAUGUGCUUGAGGAAGUCCCCUUUUAAUUUCACUGGGAGUUCCAUAAGUAAAUGUAGUCAGGGUGUCAGCCACUUAUUUGGAAUUCAAUCAGUUUCAAACAAGUUUAUUUAAGCUUGAAGUAAAGUAAUACCCUGAUCAUGUACAGUAUCUGGCAAAGGCAGUUGGCUUUGCCUGCUUGCCAGGAAUCUCAUAUCCAUGCUUUAUUACUAAAUAAUGGCUGGGCUGGGCGCAGAGCAUCUGCGCCUCUUGUUCUGUGCCUGUCACCCGCCCACUGACGCCUCUUUCUUCCCCCACCCACCCAUUGCCGCCUCCUUCUUCCCCCAUCCCUGUCUGUCCCUGCUGCCUCCUUCUGCCUGCUGCCACCAUAGUUUUCUCAGUGCCGUCCCCCACCCCCUACUGGCCAGCCACUGCUGCCAUUUCCCCCCUCCCACCCUGUCCCAUGGCUAGCCUAUCCGGCAGCUCUCCAAACUCUCAUGAUAGCUGCCACACAUGGGAUUAGCCACGGGUAUGAUUUAGAGAAUAAUAUACAGUAUAUAGAUGGCUGUCAUACAUUGGUGCUGUGUGUAAGGUUUUAGGAGGAGCUCUUGCCCCCAUCAUACCCUUCCUUCAUCAUAGCCAUGUUAGACCCUUUGCAUGGCACAGUUACAUUGCCCAGGAAGCAGGGAGAAGCACCAGCAUAAGAAGACUGGGGCUGAGCUCUAUUACCAGUGGAUGGAGAUGGAUUUUGCCUCUCUUACAGCCUUUUUUUCCACGCCCCCUCCCCCCACUCCACUUACAACCCUUAUGGCAGAUACCAUAAAUCUCCAUCUCAGUUGAGGUCAUAGGUGAUGUUUUCAAACUACUUUACACUCAAAAACAUAUCCUAAGACCAUGUAGACUGGCAUAGAUCGCUUCAGUAAAUUAACUGGAGAUCUCCCAGUACAUCCAAUUCAAGAUCUAGUCUGCAGUUUCUACAAAAGUGUAAGUACCUACUCAAAGUCAUAAGGCAAUAUAUUAUCAAGCCCAGAUUUUCACUGUAUGUAUGAAUCUCAGUGCUAAACUAGAUGCAGCCUUUAAGGGAUUUUUUUUUUUUUUAGCUUUAAGAACAUCUGGACAAGGAGAUUUGGAUCAUAUCUAUGGCCCGACUGGUAGGAGGGAGGACCUCUUUCCCAUUUGCCAUUAUCAUGAUGAAAAUAAAUCCUAGAAGUCAUGGAAGCAAGGGGGAAAUAUGGGCACGCGCAUUGCACCUGUCUUCUCUCCCUCUAUGGCUAAUAGCAGUUUUGGGGAAGUACUUCCACUGGAGAAUUUAGGCUGUGAGAAGGGUUAACCCUCCUUCCUCUGAUCCAAUUCAGCCUCCCUCCAUGGCUGCAUUGAAGCCUUAAAAAUGUCAGUGUCUAAUCAUAUACCUAGUUUGGUCCUCAAUAACUAUAAUGCACUGAUGAGAAGAGGGAAAGACACAGUAUAUUGGCUUCUACUGGAGUGCAAACAGGCAGAAGGCAUAUCAUAGCUGGCCAAAAACAGAACUGGGAGGAAAUCACAUCUUGGACUUAAGCUACUAAGAAAGUGAUAUAGGCAAAUGGAGAAUAAAUACUGGAUGUCUUUUACCACAUCACUACUCCAUUAUUAUUAUUACUACUGCUAUUACUGUUUUGCUAAUGCUAACUCAAUUGUUGUCAUUUGCACAGAACCAGCAGGGAUUCAGUCUCUUCAAAUAUAACAAAUCAAUUGUUGCGUGAACUGUGUAUUUCAAAGGUGGGGGGAGAAUGAAGCCCCUGCUAAGAAGUUCCUGAAAUAGGAGUGUUUGUCCUGGAAACGCAAUCCAUUUUUAUCUAUGUGGUGCUUUCUCUGUUAGUUUUGUAUUUAUUUGUGUUGUUCAGAUCCAUGGGAUUCCCUGUAAAAUAAUACUUUGUGCAAUCAUAACUUUUGAGGGCUUUUGUUUAGAAAUAUAUAUGUAUAUAUAAAUAUAUGAAAAGGAAGCCUGUUACAACACUAAAGGAGAAAACCUUUUACGGCAUUUAAAAUCAGGAUGUCGGCCACUGAACAUUGCCUCACACCUCAGUUUAAAAUGCCACUUUAAUGGGAAGGGAUGAAGGUUUCUUGUCCAUGUAAAAGUUCUUUUUUAAAGCAAAAGAUAAUUAAAAGCAUUUAUGAGAAUUAUAUGUAAAUCUUUCUAGCGUUCUGGAAAGCAUGACCAAGGAAACCUACAAGUCAUCAUUGUAAAUUUUGUACAGUAUUAGAAUGUGUAAAUGAAGCUUGCUUGUAGGGAAAGGGACUUUAAAUAAAACCUUAUGUAUGAAUA